AUGCAGAUACCGACUAUCCGGGUGCUGAAGCCUGGAACGUUCGGAGAGUACAGACAAUGGAAAAUCGAAGUGGCCAACGCCGGUUCCGGACAAGCCAAAGUCCCUGUGUUGUUAUCGGACAAUACGGCCCGAGAAUGGAUGUUAGCGAGGGUCCAGAGGGAAUUGGUGUAG